AUGGUUGCACCAUCUUUUCCUCUUUUCAAUCUCCCCCAGAAAAACCUAAAGGACGUUUUUUGCAAUAUGUCCGUAAUCCAACAAACGUGCAUCUCACUGAUAUCCGAAAAAACGAGAAACCUUGUGAGAGAGUUUCAUAUCUUCAAACAACUUCAAGUAUGCUUGGAUUUUAUCUUUUUGCCGGAUUACCAUUUUUAUCUAAAAGGGAGCGCAAAAUUUAUUUUCAUUCCCCAUAACAGGAAAUUUAUAGCCCGUAGUUCUUCCGGAGAGCACUCUAAUUAUUCUGUGCCACAGUUCGAUGCCAAGAGUUGGUUAAAACAUUUGAUUUAUAUCUUCAACGUAACAGAAAUUCAUUCUCUACGUUCCAGAUUUUUUGAUUGGGAUUUAAGAGAGCCACGACUAAAAAUGCCUAAAGAGUGUUUAAAAAACCUCAAAAUUUUGAACCUUUCUAUUGGUUUCACUAAUAAAAUUUCGCUUGUCGUCGAGCUCUACUCCGCAUUUCAACAUAUAAAAAAGUUCAGUCUACGCCAAUACUCUCAUAAACCAUUGGACUCAACUCUACUGCUGGAACUACGUCACCUUUUGUCCAAAACAAAUCAGCAACUAUGUUUAAAUAUAAACCUUCCGUUAAAUGAGCUACUUCUCACGAGCUGCUCAUCCAUUGACAUACACCGUACACAGUUAACAGACAAAGAUAUCAAUGUGUUUUUGAAGCAUUGGUUUGCCGGAUUGAAACCAGAACUUGAACAUUUCCGAGUUCGAAAAGACGGACCUGCAUUCAACCAAAAAACUAUUCUCAAAGGAAUUCCUCAUGAGUUUGCAUCAAUUGGUAGAAAAUUCAAACUUUUUGAAAUGGAUUCUCAAGUUGGAGGAAUCGAUAUCGACUUGGGUCAAGACAUCAAAGCAACGCUGGUUUUCAAUCAUAAACCUGGCAUUGCAGAUUUCUCAGUUGCUGUUCAUAAUUCGAAGUAUUUUUUUUGUUGAGUAACUGUAAUAAUUCACUCAAUAAAUGUUUUGUUGAA